CAGUAGCGAGAGCCGAGCCGGCAUGGCGGCCGCGCUGCCGCCGCUGCUACUGCUGCUGCUGCUGCUGCUGCACCCGGCCGAGGCCAACCCGGACGCCAAGCGGCUGUACGACGACCUGCUGUCCAACUACAACCGCCUCAUCCGGCCCGUCAGCAACAACACGGACACGGUGCUCGUCAAGCUGGGCCUGCGCCUGUCGCAGCUCAUCGACCUGAAUCUGAAGGAUCAGAUCCUUACCACCAACGUCUGGUUGGAGCACGAAUGGCAGGACCACAAGUUCCGGUGGGAUCCGGCGGAGUACGGUGGCGUGACGGAACUGUACGUUCCAUCGGAGCACAUCUGGCUGCCCGACAUCGUCCUGUACAACAACGCUGACGGCGAGUACGUGGUCACGACCAUGACGAAGGCGGUGCUGCACCACACGGGCAAGGUCGUCUGGACGCCGCCCGCCAUCUUCAAGUCGUCCUGCGAGAUCGACGUCCGCUACUUCCCGUUCGACCAGCAGACGUGCUUCAUGAAGUUCGGCUCCUGGACCUACGACGGAGACCAGAUCGACCUGAAGCACAUAAACCAGAAGUACGACGACAACAAGGUGAAGGUGGGCAUCGACCUGCGCGAGUACUACCCCAGCGUCGAAUGGGACAUCCUGGGCGUGCCCGCAGAGCGACACGAGAAGUACUACCCCUGCUGCGCCGAACCCUACCCAGACAUCUUCUUCAACAUCACGCUGCGGCGCAAGACGCUGUUCUACACGGUCAACCUGAUCGUGCCGUGCGUCGGCAUCUCGUACCUCUCGGUGCUGGUCUUCUACCUGCCGGCCGACUCGGGCGAGAAGAUCGCGCUGUGCAUCUCGAUCCUGCUGUCGCAGACCAUGUUCUUCCUGCUCAUCUCCGAGAUCAUCCCGUCCACGUCGCUGGCGCUGCCGCUGCUCGGCAAGUACCUGCUCUUCACCAUGGUGCUCGUCGGGCUGUCCGUCGUCAUCACCAUCAUGGUGCUCAACGUGCACUACCGCAAGCCCAGCACGCACAAGAUGGCGCCCUGGGUCAGAAAGGUGUUCAUCCGGCGGCUGCCGAAGCUGCUGCUGAUGCGCGUGCCCGAGCAGCUGCUGGCCGACCUGGCGAGCAAGCGUCUGCUGCGGCACGCGCACAACUCCAAGCUGAGCGCGGCGGCGGCGGCGGCGGUGGCGGCGGCGGCCGCCUCCUCCUCGGCCGCCUCGUCGCCCGACUCGCUGCGCCACCACCACCUGCACCAGCACCAGCACCACCUGCAGCUGCACCACCUGCAGCGGCCCGGCGGCUGCAACGGCCUGCACAGCGCCACCAACCGCUUCGGCGGCAGCGCCGGCGCCUUCGGCGGCCUGCCUUCCGUCGUCGGGCUCGACGGCUCGCUCAGCGACGUCGCCACGCGCAAGAAGUACCCCUUCGAGCUCGAGAAGGCCAUCCACAACGUGCUCUUCAUCCAGAACCACAUGCAGCGCCAGGACGAGUUCGACGCGGAGGACCAGGACUGGGGCUUCGUGGCGAUGGUGCUGGACCGGCUGUUCCUGUGGAUCUUCACCAUCGCCUCCAUCGUGGGCACCUUCGCUAUCCUGUGUGAGGCUCCAGCUCUCUACGACGACACGAAGCCCAUCGACAUGGAGCUCUCGUCGGUGGCCCAGCAGCAGUUCCUGCCGGACAUCGACUUCUAGUGGACGACCGGCGACCCCCGACCGUCUUAAGGUGCCGGCUCCACGAAACGGGUGUCUGCGACGAGCUGAUACCGCCGAGAUUUGGGAACCUAGAUCGAAUAAUAAAAGCCGUCUGCUUUUGUGCUGCAUCUAUCUACAUCAGCGAAUCGUAGUAAUGUUAGUGGACUCCGCUGCCAGUUUACGCUGUCGUGUUUACCAGUAUUUCAGUGAGCGAAGCGUCGAGCUGACUGAUAGUCUGGAGCUUAAUCCAGUUACCUCCACCGGAAACCAAAGAUAUUUCAUUAAUGCGAGAUGCUGUGUCCCAAGCCAUUCCGUAAUUCACAAUAUACGGAGAAUCACACCACUGCGGUGGCGCAAGAUAGAACAGUAACUUCAAAAAUUGUUUACUGGUUGAAUGUGAAAACCAUGCGGGUAAAAGGUCCUUAGACUUUCGACAUCAGUGAAGUUUCCUUCCACUGGGAGUAUGUUAGAUCUCUGCUGUAUCUUAUAACAGCUCAAAAGAAUAUUUUACAAUAGCUACAGUUAUGGACGUCGUAAAUAGGUACCAGUUUUCAAACUGUAACCUCGCGCUAGACAUACCCCUAUUCAGAUCUUGCUACUGAAUUUUCAUAUCAGAAUUACAUUGAGAUAUGCGUUUUUUAUUGCAAGUAUGGAGUGAAUGAGCUUUAUACCUGGGCUUCUGAAUUAAUGGACCCGUAUGUGACACAGGAUUGCUUAAAAGGUAUUCGAAUGGUACAUAAAUAAUUUAAUACUUUCCCAUACAUCAUCGUCAUCGCCCAUGAAACAGCUGUUUAUGGACUGAGACGGAUAAAAGGUAUUAUGCACAUUCAAAUCUUGCCUACGCGGAUAUCUGCACGAAAAUCCAGUGCGAUCUUACGCACUGAUCAGGAGGAAAUAUUCUAAAAAAAACUGUAUUUUACAUUUAUGAACAACAAGUACUUCAAUUUUUUAAAAGUAGUUAGUAAUCUUGACGUUAAGAGUGUAUUCUUCAAAUAUUCGCAGAUAUGAAGUAUAAACGCACACACGAAUACGCCACAAAACAUCGAAAGAUUCGGAAGCAGCUGCAGGAGGAUAACUGUAACACAUUGCGAUAAUGUUAGUGUUCGUUAAUGGAUCUACAUACACAGAGGCUGCGCUGUAACUAAUGCACUUAUUGAUGGUAUUAAAAAGAGAUAUGUAUUGAUACUGAAGGCAUGUCGACUGCAGUAUUUAUCAUUCGUCCAAAUUUCGCAAAGCUGAUGCCUUACUUGGCAAAUGCAAUGUGAGAUGAGCACGUAAGUUACUGAAUGAAUCUAAUCACAACAUUCCGCUAUAGAUCUACAUUUUUCCCUUGUAAGGGCAGCUCAUCGCACACUUCCUGCCAAAACCACCGCAAAAAUGCCUGAAAGCAGUGCAACAUAAAAUUUUAGUCAAGUAUAAAACGUAUAUCAUGCGGCUCUUUUGUUUUUCGAUUGAAACGGGUUUUCUUUUAUUUGCAUUUAACUUGCAACUGAGGAAAGCCUCAUUCUCUUUCUUCACACUUUUCCGCGAAUAACAGAACUGAAACUUGUAAUAGAUACAAAGUUCGUCACUGAAAUAUGACGUAUUGGUACUACCGAACCGCACGUGUUACAGGAUAUAACAUUAGGUUCGUAAAUGUGGCCCACGAAUCACGAGGUAUUGAAUCAUAAUUCCAAAGUAUUUAAUCAUGUUUAAUAUUUGUCAAAAAUUAUGGACAAUUCACGUGGUAGAAAAUAAAAUCAGGAGUGUUGAAGAUAAUAGCUCAGUUAAACAAUUUCACUAAACUAAGUAACUAAAGUUUGUAAAAAAAAAACAUUGUCCGGCGGGGUCAUUAGAUAAACUGACAUUUUAAAAUUCUUAUGCCGUUCUAUU